CCACAUUUUGUCAUACAAUGGACCCAGGGAGUCCAAAUGAGGUAAAAGACGCAACCAAACCAGGUGUAAGUGAGGUGAAGGCCACAAGCACACCAGAGGAAGAUGCUCACUCCAUACUAACAUCUGCUCUCAUCAAUUCAUCGGUGGAGCUCAAGACCUGGAGCUCCGUCAAGUCUUUGCGCGGAUUUAGCGUAUCGACCCCACCGGAAUCACCUGUGACUGCAUCCCUUCGCUUUUCAGAGGCUUACUGGAAAAGGAACGUGCUAACGUAUGGGGACAUAGUCCCGGAUGGCUUCGUUGACAUUUGGGGAGCAAUCGAGCAGUUCCCUUUGCCGGCAUCCAUCAUCCUUGACAGCUUUCCAGCGACCGUUGAGGCUGUUCUAGUGGACAGAAAGUCAGACGCUGAGCUGGUCCUUCUUGAACGCAAAGCAAUGUCGAUUGAUAGUCCAUCCAGUCCUUCGGGCGCUCGUACAACUGCAAAACUCGGUUGGCGAGGCAUCGCUGUUCGUUUGGCAGAGCUUGUUGCAAACCGUAUGGGAGGAGCAGUAGAUUCCGACCAGUCUCUGCAAUCUGACUGGCGAUCUGUGUAUUGGAAGAUUAAAAGCGCAUUUCGGAGUCACUACAUCUCACUUGGCCUGAUUACCUCUGGGUUGAUCAGGCACAGGGUUCUCCUUUUCAAGGUGUUGGCGGAUAGAGUUGGCGUACCUUGCUGCAUUGUCCGUGGUCGGUUUUACACUGGCACAAAGGAUGGUGCAAGGGCCAAGAUUCGAGAUGAAGAUGGUUCGGAAUAUGUAGUUGAUUUAAUGAAAGCGCCAGGCCUUCUAGUCCCGGUUACGAAUCUGGAAACGCCUACAAUAUCACCAGUUGCAAGUCCUGUUGAUGAAUACUGCGAAGCGGGGACAGCUGUCUUCCCGGCACUGGUGGCAUCAAUGGCGAAAUUGCUAGGCAAGGAUGAACUAGAACCUGAAUCGCAGAAGACACUUUUUGGGCAAAUACCUCCUAAUGAUGAAUGUGGUGCUGAAAGUGGGUCAGAUGUGGGAAGCAACAGCCCAAUGUUUCGUCCUGAGGACAGAAAGAAUAGACGUCGAUCACCCUCAUGGACAGAUGGAUGGGGAUCUCCCCAGGUUCCCAUGCUCGUUGCAGAUGUUGCCAAGGAAAAUCCAAGAUUCGCCCAGAGGCUGAAGGCCGUUCUGCAGUCCCCUGAUAAGGAGAAGCGGCAGCUGUUUUCAGAAAAUCAGGCUGAGGGGACAACGGGAAAAAAGCUGGAAGCAGAUGACAAUAUCAGCAACAGAGAUGGUGAAAAUACUGAGCAAUCAGGAUGUGAAGACGCUGACUUCAGCUUCUCAAAAGAAAUUCAGAUGUAUAAGCUGGAUGGCUUUUUAAUUCCAAAAGGAGCGGUGACACUUGGCGAGCGUGUGGGACUAGGAUCUUUUGGAGAAGUGUUCAAGGGCGAGUGGAAUGGCUUUGAGGUUGCUGUGAAGAAGCUGAUAGAUCAAGAAAUCCCAGCGGAUGCUAUUGAAGAUUUUAAGUCCGAGGUUGCUAUGAUGCAUCGGCUACGUCAUCCAAACAUACUGCUUUUUAUGGGUGCAAUCAUUGACCCUCCACAUCUGUCGAUUGUGACAGAAUUUCUCCCAAGGGGGAGUAUAUUCCGACUUCUGACAAGGCCAAAUGCAUCUUCGAGCAUGGAUGAGCGGCGCCGACUGAAGAUGGCACUAGAUGUGGCAAAGGGAAUGAAUUACCUUCACUGCUGCAGCCCUCUAAUCGUGCACAGAGACCUGAAAUCUCCCAAUCUUCUUGUUGAUAAGAACUGGGUUGUGAAGGUUUGUGACUUCGGCCUGUCAAAGAUAAAGAACCAGACUUAUCUGUCAUCAAGAACUGCAGCUGGAACGAGUGGAUGGCCCCAGAAGUGUUGCGGAAUGAGCCAUCAAAUGAGAAGAGUGAUGUCUACAGUUUUGGUGUGGUCCUAUGGGAGCUCUCGACAAUGCAACGCCCGUGGAGGGGUUUGAAUGCGAUGAAACCGUCAGAACGGCCAUCAUUUUCAGAGAUUGUUCAUGAACUGAAGGAAAUACAUAAGCGGUGGACUUACUCAGUCAACCCAAGGUCACCUGCGUGAUCGUAGCAACAGUGUGAUGGCAGAUGCACUAAAAAGGACAUGUUUCAGAAUUCCCAUGCCAG